AUGUCUCCAGCGGCUCAAUGGUCUCGGGCGUUCGGGCUCGUCGGCCUGGGCGGGGCUACCUGGUGUUGCCUCGGCGACCUGGAAAAGGAACCGAAGCAUUACGAGACGGCGUGGGAGCUCUCCAAGCACCGGUUCGCCCGCGCUCAGCGCUCCUUGGGGCGCCACUGGUUCCAGAAGGGUGAGCUUGCCAAGGCCAUCGAGUGCUUCGAGGCAGCGGUCGGGAUCAAUCCGCUCCACACCAACAUCUGGUUCACCAUGGGUUGCGCCCAAAUGAAGCUCGAGAGGUACGACGACUGCGUCGCGACUUUCUCGCGCUGCAUCGGCGUGGAUGACGACUACGCGGAGGCGUGGGCCAACCUCGCCGCCGCCCACUCCGCCCGCGGCAAACUGCGGGAGGCGCGGCAGUGCAUGGCCGAGGCGGCCCGCAGGAGUCUCCGCGGCUUGGCCCCCCCUUAG